CCUCCAUCAGUGGAGACACGGGGGUGAUCCAUGUGGUGGAGAAGGAGGAGGACCUGAACUGGGUGCUGGCUGAUGGCCCACACCCACCCUACAUGGUCCUGCUGGAUGGGAACCUCUUCAACAGGAGGGUAAUGCAGCAGCUGAAGGGAACCUCACGAGUGUCUGGCCUUGCAGUGGCCAUCACCAAGCCAAGCCCUCCCCAGGGAUUCUCUCCUGGUUUGAAGUGCCCCAAUGAUGGGUUUGGUGUCUAUUCCAAAGACUAUGGCCCUCAGUUUGCACACUGCAAUAACACCGUGUGGAAUCCUGUGGGGAGUGGGCUUUCGUAUGAGGAUUUUGACUUCCCUAUUUUUCUCCUCGAAGAUGCCAACGAGACACAAGUUAUUAAGCAGUGUUAUCAAGACCAUAAUGUCCCUCGUGAUGGAUCUGGCCCUGAGUACCCUCUCUGUGCCAUGCAGCUCUUCUCCCACAUGCAUGCUGUCACCAGCACUGUCACCUGCAUGAGACGCAGCUCCCUCCAAAGCACCUUCAGCAUUAAUCCAGAGGUUGUCUGUGAUCCUCUCCUUGAUUACAACGUGUGGAGCACCUUGCAACCUAUUAAUUCCUCUGGGAAAGUCGAUCCUGAGAAGGAAAUUAUUAUUGUCGCCACACGAAUUGACAGCCACUCCUUCUUCUGGAACAUUGCACCCGGGGCAGAGAGUGCUGUCUCUUCUUUUGUGACCCACUUGGCUGCUGCUGAAGCCCUUCACAAAGCAUCAGAUGUUCAUUUACUGCAAAGGAAUAUAAUGUUCACCUUCUUCCAAGGGGAAACCUUUGAUUACAUUGGCAGCUCACGAAUGGUGUAUGACAUGGAAAAGGACAAGUUUCCUCUCCGCUUGGACAACAUUCAUUCAUUUGUGGAGUUGAAUCAGGUGGCUCUGAGGAAUGACUCUGUUUUAUGGAUGCAUACAGACCCUGUCUCUCGAAUGAAUGAAUCUGUUGAUGUACAGGUUAGAAACUUGCUGGGUAUCCUGAAGAACAGCAGCCUGGGAGCAAAUGUGACUUUGCAGGAAGCUGGAUUCUCACAGCCUCUUCCCCCAUCCUCCUUCCAGCGCUUCCUUCGGGCCCGGCACAUCCCUGGAGUAGUCCUGACUGACCACAGAACCACCUUCCAGAACAGAUACUACCAGAGCAUGUACGACACUCCAGAGAACAUACAGAUGCAAUACCCUGAGGGGCUUAGCCCUGAGAAGACCUUGGAGUAUGUCACUGAUACAGCCAAGUCCCUGGCAGAAGUUGCCACAGUGGUCGCCCGUGCUCUCUACCACCUUGCAGGGGGAGCCAACACCACCUCUGCUGUUCAGGCAGAUCCAAAAACGGUCUCUCGAAUGCUGUAUGGCUUUCUGAUUAAAAUGAACAAUUCCUGGUUUCAGUCCAUCAUUAAACCAGACUUAAAAGGAAUUCUGGGUGAUGUUCCCCAGCACUAUGUCGCUGUUUCCAGCCCUGUGAACACUACCUACCUUGUGCAGUAUGUCCUGGCCAACCUCACGGGUACUGUUGUUAACUUCACCAAGGAUGAGUGCCUGAACCCUGAAAAAUCACCCAACAGUGAGACAGAAAUGUAUGACUAUGCCUGGGUGCAGGGUUUCCUGGAUCCCAACUCGACAUCCCGAGUCCCCUACUGUGUUCGGUCAACUGUUCACCUAAGCAAAGCACUCUCUCCUGCCUUUGAGCUGAGGCAGUGGGGCUCUACAGAGUAUUCCACGUGGACAGAGAGUCGGUGGAAAGAGAUCCGGGCCCGAAUAUUUCUGGUUGCCAGCAGGGAGCUAGAGAUAAUCACUUUGGUUGUGGGCAUUGCCAUUCUGGUCUUCUCUCUCCUGGCCACCUAUUUCAUCAACGCCAAAGCAGAUGUACUGUUUAGCAUCCCCCGGGACCCUGGGGCUGUGGCUUACUGAAGAUGCUCUCAGGGUUUGAGAAGUCUUAGCCCUUGGAUUACAACUGUCAAACAUAAAGCUACACUGGAAUACCCCUGUCUCUGGAUAGGGAUGCAGAUGGUUCUCUCCAGAACUUCCACGCUUGGGUUCUGGGUGCUGAGCUGUAAAAGCAUAAGAGACUUUCCCAGAAAACCGUGCCGACCAAGCCCUAAAGAAACUGUGACUGAGAAGUUCCCAAAGCCUUUCUUUUUAAUUUGUCUUUACUUCUGAGCAACCUGAGAGGAUUGGUCCUGUGCCAGUGAGAUGACAAUGUGAUGGAUGUGUUCCUUAAACGAAGGCAAGGUGGAAAGGGAGAAGGUGUUUUCUCUGGGAUGCAUGUGGACCAGUGGAUUUCCGUGGCAGCACAUGUUGCCUGUUCAUGUCCCAACAGUUGCUGUGAACCUGUGUAUAUUCCAGUGCACAGGUUAUGUUAAACAGAUGAUUAGAUGUAAAAUGUCCUUUUUUUAAAUGGUGCAAUAUUUUCUGGGGUUUGUAUAUAUAUAAAUAGUUCCAUUUAAUUAAAAAAAUCUCCACAUACAAA